UCGAUUGCAUCCGGAUUGCGUAAUCGGGAAUUGCCCCGCCGGGAAGAGCCCGGUCUCGAGGAAUCCGGAGACAGAGGAGAACGAAACGCUCGCCACACCUCUUCUGGGAGGAGGCGUUUAUGAGCUUUAACGCGAGGACACCUCGCCGGGGAAUCGGGAGGCCCGGACGACUUAAAAUUUAAAAACCUCUGCCCAUCGGUUGCCUUGCUUCGAAACAGAAAUUAAAAGACCCAGGUCGACCUAGACACUCCCGCGACAGAUGUGUGCGGCGCAGGAGCCCGGGAGGGGCAGGGGCGGCCCACGGUGCGGUGUGCUCUGGGAAGGAACAGGGUCCGAGACUGCGGAGGACCGGCCCGGCCUUGAGAGCAGGCCCCGACCCCUCGCAGUCUGUUGCGCAAGCAACGGGGCGGGAGUUGGGGAGGGCGGCUAAGUUCUGUUUCCAGGGAGACCAUUCGGCUGGCCGCCAACAGAGCUAAAGGUGGACAAACCCCGACGGGCGGCCAAGGUCCUGAAGGAGCCCCCUAGUAAAGGUUGGCGACGAUGUCCUGACCCUUGAUUGACCCCAAACUCCUGAUUCUGCCUCUCCCAACCUCGUGACCCUGAGACGCGUCGAGCCCCGCCAGAAUCUUCGGGCUGGUCGAGGGGAAGGGCUGAGCUGGAGGAGCGGGCUGGAGGCCUCGACCCAUGGUGCCCAAGAGGAAGCGCGGGCCGAGCGCCUGGGGCCGGUCUGGCGCGGCGGGAGAGGGCACCGAGCCGCCGCUAUCGGAGAGCGCUCAGUACUUGCAGCGAGAAUACAAACUGCUCUCGGAGCAGCUGGACGCCUGCGAGGAGCGCGUCGACCAGGAGCUGCAGGAGAACGCCUUCCUGGACUGCGAGGCGCAGCGCCUGCGCGAGGAGAACCGGCUCUACGCCAGCUACGUGAGCACGCGCGCGCAGCGCUGCGCCAACGCUAUCGUCCGGCUGGAGGAGCAGAACCGCGUGGACCUGACGGAGAUCCACCGGCAGCGCGCAGAGCUGGCGUCGCUCUACCGCCGGCGUGAGGAGGGGGUGUGCGCGCAGCUGCUGGAGAUGGAGACGCGCGCGGCGCAGAUGGCGCGACAGGUGCAGGAGCUGCAGCCCUACAAGGAGCUGCAGCUGGAGCAGCUGGCCCGGAUCCGGGCGCUGGAGCGCGAGCUGCUGCAUAUGCGCGUGGAGCACAUGCAGCUGCUCCAUCGCAUGAAGCGGUGUUUCCAGGAGGACAAAGCAGCCUUCGAGCGCGAGGCGCGCCAGCGCGUGCAGUCCCUGGCGUGGCGCGCGGAGCGGGAGGCGGCGCGCGCGCUCAUCGCGCACACACAGGCCAUCAGAGAGGACAACGGGCGCCUGCGGCAGGAGCUGCUGCGGCUGCAACGCCGGGCCCAGGUGCUGCACGACACGCGGCGCCAGUUGCUGGAGCAGCGUGAACAGCUGCGGCGCGAGCACGAGGACAUGCGGAACCUGGCCCACGUGCACAGCUGGCUGCGCCGGGGCCCCGAGGGCCCGCCGCUUUGGCAACCGCCGCUGGCCAACUCGCACCCCGAGCACUUCGCCUCCACCACGAUCCAGUCGCGCGCGACCUCCUGGGCCCCAUCAGUCUCGGCCUCCCGGAAGCCGUCUCAGGUCUCGUGGCGCGCGGCCUCUUGGGCCCCAUCGUUGCUGUCGAAGCUCGCGGUUCCCUGGGUCCCGUCAUUGGUCCCGUCACGUGUUGGCUCCAGGGUCCUGUCGCUGGCCCCUUCGAAGGCGGAAUCACGGGUCCCAUGCCAGGACCCAUCGCAUGCGAGCUCCAGGGUCCCGUCCUUGACCUUGUCGCGCCCAGGCUCCCGAGUCCCGUCCCUGACCCCGCCACGCCUGGAUUCCUGGGCCCCUUCGCGGUCCUCAUUGCGUGCCGCCUCACAGAACACCACCCUCUUUGGGAAGUCCGUCGCCGGGUCGGGCUCUUCCCGUCCCCCAGUCGAAGGAGACCGUGAAUGUGACGCUGCAGGCGAAGGCGCCUUGGGGAGAUCCUGAACUUACCCGGAGGAAGGCCAAUGAGGCCAGACGGUGCGGGGGAGACGGGGGUGCGCAGGACGCGGAUUUGGAUUGAGCAUCCCUCAACCCCACAGCUGACCUCUGGCAGGGGCAGAGGGAGCCGGCCACGCCAUCGUCCUGCCCAUGAGGGCUGAAGUCUGGUGGCAGAGAUGGACAUCACGGGCAUGGACAGGUAGUAUGAGAGCAGGAAGGGAGUCUGGCGGGCCAGGGAGGAGCUGGUCCACUGCGUGUGGCGCCGGGAGGGCCAGCGUGGUUUGAGCUGCUCAAGAGAGCCAUGGGGGGGGGGCGUGGGCUCUGUUCUGGCGCCACGGGGAGCCACAGGCACUUUUAUGUUUAACCUAUUGUUUUUUUGUUUGUUUUUGCCGCGCCCUGCGGCUUGUGGGAUCCUAGAUCCCUGACCAGGGAUUGAACCCGGGCCCUGGCAGUGAAAGUCCUAACCACUGGACCUCCAGGGAGUUCCGGGGGGGAGGGUAAUUUUAAAUUUUGAUUUAGCUGUCAGUCCAAGUGCACGGAGGCCAGUUAGUACGCUCUCCCUCACCUGUGGUUUGCAUUCAUCAACGGCUGCAUUGGGGAGGUGGAGCGUGGGGGAGACCAGGGCGGAUGCGCCACCGUGGCCCAUGGACCUGGACCCUGUGGAGGGAGGAGUUCAGACCGCAGCUUUCAAACAGAGCCCCCCCAGCCCCCGCCAACCUUGCCGUGGAAAUUUAGUUAAAUGUUCUGGUUCUGGGUUGGAAGUGCUGGUGGGGGGCUGGCAGCAUCAAACACAAAUUCUCUGAGAAGAGUUCACUUGAGGGACUUCGCUGGUGGCGCAGUGGUUAAGAAUCCGUCUGCCAAUGGAGGGGACACCGGUUGGAGCCCUGGUCUGGGAAGAUCCCACAUGCCACGGAGCAACUAAGCCCGUGCGCCACAACUACUGAGCCCGUAUGCCACAACUACUGAAGCCCGCACGCCUAGAGCCCGUGCUCCGCAACAAGAGAAGCCACCGUAACGAGAAGCCCACGCACUGCAAUGAAGAGUAGCCCUGCUCGCCCCAACUAGAGAAAGCCCGUGCGCAUCAGCGAAGACCUAACGCAGCCAAAAAAAAAAUAAAUAAAUCUAUUCAAAAAAAUGAAAUCUUGUUAUCAAUAGGUUCUUUUUUUUUUUCCCCUCCAUUGCGGUGUGUGGGCUUUUCAUUGCGGUGGCUUCUCUUUGCAGAGCACAGGCUGUAGGCGCUUGGGCUUCAGUAGUUGUGGCACGUGGGCUCAGUAGUUGUGGCUUGCGGGCUCUAGAGCGCACGCUCAGUAGUUGUGGUGCACGGGCUUAGUUGCUCCGUGGCAUAUGGGAUCUUCCCAGACCAGGGCUCAAACCCGUGUCCCCUGCAUUGGCAGGUGGAUUCUUAACCACUGCGCCACCAGGGAAGGCUUAUAACAACAUUUUAGUUUUGCCUGGACUUUUGUUAAGCCACAAAUUAGACAUUGUUACUCUUUGUGAAAAUUCAUCCGCUUGCAUCCUUAGCAUUUGGGACACAUCUGUAUGUACGUUAUGCUUUGAUAAAAAGUUCACAUUCAGAACCCUGUUGGGCUGGUUCUGGUAGUUCCUUCUUCCUUGCACAGCUUUCCAGCAUCUCCCUCUUAACAAGCUGCUCAAACUCAGCCCUGGUCUGCCCGGCAGGCUGCCAGCUGACGGUGCCUGUGGGGAUGGAGGAGAGCCACCCCAUAGGCCCCGAGGAAGUGGAGCAACAGGAACUCCCCAUGCCUUGCUGGAGGGGAUGCAGACUGCUGCAGCCACUCAAAGAGACAAUGUGGUGGUUUCUCACAAAAUUAACAUACUUGUAUAAUAUGAUCCAGCAAUGACACUCCAACCCAAAGGAACUGAGAACUUACGUCCGCACAAAAACCUGCACAUGUACGUUUAUAGCAGCUUUGUUCAUAACUGACAAAACUUGGGAGCAACCCAGAUGUCCUCCAGUAGGUGAGUAGAUAAAUACAUGGUGGUCCAUCCAGAAAAUGAAAUAUUAAUCAGCACUAAAAAGAAAUGAGCUAUCAGCCAUGGAAAGACAUGGAGGAACCUUAAAUGCAAAUCACUAAAUGAAAGAAGCCAACCUAAAGAGGCUGCACGUUGCAUGAUUCCGACUCUGUGACAUUCUGGGAAAGUCAGAACCAUGGCGACAGUUAAAAGAUUAGUGGUUGGGCUUCCCUGGUGGCGCAGUGGUUAAGAAUCCGCCUGCCAAUGCAGGGGACACGGGUUCCAGCCUUGGUCUGGGAAGAUCUCACAUGGCGUGGAGCAACUAACCCUGUGCGCUGCAACUACUGAGCCUGCGCUCUAGAGCCUGCGUGCCACAACUACUGAAGCCCACGGGCCUAGAGCCCAUGCUCCACAACAAGACAAGCCACUGCAAUGAGAAGCCCACACACCGCAACAAAGAGUAGCCCCCGCUCUCCACAACUAGAGAAAGCCCGCACGCAGCAACGGAGACCCAAUGCAGCCCAAAAUAAUUUUUUUUAAUUAUUAAAAAAAAAAAAAAAGAAGACAGAGACACAGAGGACCACACCUGUGUCAGCAGAGCCGAGGCUGGAGCCCUGUGGCCCCAAGCCAAGGGGUGCCAAGGAUGGCCGGCGCCAUGAGAAGCUGGAGAGAGGGAGGCUUCAGAGGCAGCACGGCCCGGCUGGUGCCUUGACCUCACACUCUGGCCUGUAGAGCUGAGACAGUAAGUUCUGUUGUCUUCAGCCACCCAGAUUGUGGCACUUUGUCACGGCCGUCCCAGGAGACCGAUACAGCCCGUGCAUGCAGACAUCAGCUCAGGAGGUGGCCUCCCGGGGGACACGUGUCACGACGCUGUUAGAAGAAUGGGGACGCGGAAGGGCCACAAGAGAUGGACAAAAGCACCCGUAGAAGGACGUGGAGAGAACGAGUCCAUUAUUUUGAGGACAAGAAACCAAAACCACGUGCUUAUUUCCACAGCACAGGACGGGCGCCUGAGGACACACUCCGCCAUCAGCAGACCAUCCCUCGGGCCGGGGGAGGGGGUCUUCCGCUCUUUGCCGUUUCCCAGAGGGAGAUACUUCAUUUACUGUGAGGCUCAUUUGACCCCUAACCUGGAAUAAAUCUCACUAAAACAAUACGACUGGCUCCCUUUUCUAGACAAAAGUUGCCUGAUUUAUCGGCCAAGGGAGCCAGGACCUCACCCCUCUCCCUGGGGUGAACGUCCACAGGAACUCCUGGGGAGGGGCGUCCAGCGGGUCACGAAGGACAGGGACGAAGCAGCAACGACCCACCAGCUUGGGUUUUCUGGGCCCCAAAUGGGAGGUGUGGGAUGCUCUGCUCUGCGGGCCAGGUCCCGCGGCAGCUGCUCAGGGACAGAUCGCACGUGGUGGGCGCAUCCGGGGAGAAGGUGUGCGGAGGGGUGGACGCCUUGGGCACCAGGGGCACACCCGUCCCUUUCCACCAGCCAUGGGACAGCCCGCUGCUGAGAAGGCUGGUGCUUCCUAAGGACACCUGCCCCUGGGGACGUGCGGACAGGGAGCUGAGGUGCAGACCUACCUUACUGCGCCUUCACCACCACGCUUCUCCCCCCAGGGUGCCGCAUCCAGCAGAGGGUUCGCAGGGAGCCGUGCACAGGACACAAGGAGGCAGCUGCGUCCCUGCCGUCUGCCCGCUGCCACUCCCUCAAAGCGUUCGCCAGCAGGGCCUGCCCAGCCGGGCACAGAGGAAACUGCAGGCUGGGACAAGCCAGCCAGCCAGGGGAGCCGGACGUGCCCCCUGUUGGGCAGCCACUGGUAUCACUCGAUAAUCGUCAUCAGAUGGAGCGUAGCUAAUGGCACAGUUCUGUGUUGUCCACACUUAAUUCCACACGAUGGCGGCACGAGGUGAAGCAUCACAAAGGAGGAAAAGCCAGAAACAGGCGACCUGGACGCACGGCCAGCUGGGCUGCAGGACGAGCCCAAAGACCCAAGACAGGCCAUCCCGGCUUGCACUCCAAGGCCACCUGAAGGCCUCCACCACUCCACACGUGGGGUGGGAGCAAACCAGGCACUUCCCUGCCCACAGCUCUGAGCUGGAAGGAAAAUAUAAGCACUGGCACAAAAGUUUGGAUUUUAUAAAUAAGAAAAGCCACUCGGAUGUUCCAAAGGGCACAUUUCUAUCUAUUCCAGAGGGCCAUGGGCCCCGCGCCCUUAAGGCCUCACUGGCCAUGAUGGGGCCACCCUGAAGCAGCAAGGCCCUUCCCCAGCUGGGCUGUGGGCAGGACUGACCCAGAGAAGCUUCUGCUAUAAACUGAAUUGUAUCCCCUGUCCCGAAUCCCGUGUUGAAACCCUAACCCCAGUGUGGUCCCGUUUAGAGGUGGGGCCUCUGGGAGGUGAUGAGGUGAGAUGAGGUUGUCGGGUGGGGCCCCGUCAUGGGAUUAGAGCCCUUAUAAAAGGAAGAGACACCAGCGCGCGCUCUCCCUUCCCAACGUGAGCACACAGUGCGGAGGCGCCGUCUGCAAGCCGGGAGGUGGGUCCUUGUCAGAACCGGCCACCUGAUCUCCGACUUCCAGCCUCCAGAACUGUGAGAAAUAAACUUCCACUGUGUCAGCCUCCUGGUCUGUGGUGUGUUGCUAUGGCAGCCCGAGCAGACUGACACAGCUUCGUAACUUGAUAACUUAAUGGCUAUUUUCAGUAUGUAUUAAUGAACUUAGAAUAUAAAUAUCCCGUAAAAUGAGAAAAAAAAUGUAGGGAAGUUCCAAACAUACUCAU